GAUUUUCUCGGAUGAAGCAACUAAAUUGGGCCUUACGUGGGUGAUAACGAUGUAAUUGCACGUAUUUGCACCCCUAGUUCUUAUCCGUUUGAGGGGCAUAGUCGUGUAUUUUGGCCUAUUUUACGCCGGGUUGUGCUACUUUGUCAUAUUUCAGGUCCCAGGUGUCAAAGGAAAGGCUAAGUUCGAGUUUCGGGGCAUUCGGAAGUCAUUCGGUGGAGCUGGAGCCAAAACACGGGCACACCUAAAUAAGAACACGGCCGUGUUCCUAGGCCGUGCUUUUACUGCCGAGAGCUGAUUUGAGUUUGGCAAACACGAGCUGAAAACACGGGCGGGCUAGAGCAAAGCACGGCCGUGCCCUCGACCGUGCUUUGCCCUGUGAUGCCUUUUUAAGCAGAUUUCAGCCAAAAGAGAAGGGGAUUCGAGUUUUAGAGAGACAGAGCGAUUCCUAGAGAGAGAAAGCGACGACCAAGAGUUCCCAAGUGCCCUAGCUUGAUCUUCAUCACCAUUGGAGCUUGGCUUGAGCUUGUAGGAGUGCCAAUCAACGUCCAGGAGCAGGAAUCCAUCCUUCACAGUAUGAAUUCCGCGUUUGAUUCUGCUUUUGCUUCUUUCUCCAUGGAGUAGUUCUCCCAUUCAUCUGGGUAUGGAGAACCCUAGAUUUGUAUGUUAGGUUUGAUUGUAUGAACCCAAGUACUGAUUCUAUGAUUUGAUUAUAUUCAAUUGAGGUUUGAAUGAUUGAAUGGCAUGAAUCCUGAUCAAAUUCCUGUUGUUUCUGCUUUAACCUAGAAUGAGAAUAUCUGCUUAGGUUGAUAGAGCAUCCUUGAUUGAAGGUAGGGAGUUGGUGACUUUAGUCGAGGAGCCAACUCACUAUUCUGUACUGAAUUCACUUCGGUAGUGGAGGUUUUGUUGUUAGGGCCUCAAUCUGUUUACUCCGGUGGAGGUUAGUCGCCCGCUAGAGACUCAGAUUGAGAGGGUCUGAAGACCUUUAGUCGAGACUUCAGGCUGUUUAAGAACCUUCCGCAGUAUAACUAUCAUAGAAACUGAACUUGGUAAUUGCAAUCCGGCUUACCUGCAGUCUAGGGGGAACCAUAUCCGGGUGACCUCUCUUAAGCUGAAAAUAACAGUUUACUUGCUUUGUUUUGUUAGUUUAGAGUUGCAUUAAAGUUUCAUUGCUAGAUAACAAGAAUUCACCGAGUAGUCAUCAAAUCUAGGACCCGGGUUGACAUUUAAACCCAAACCCGCUAUACUACACUUUAGGAAGUGGUUUCACUUGGCCAAUUCCUAGAGUGACUGUAGAAGUGAGUCAAGUUUUUGGCGCCGUUACCGGGGACGGCUAGGUUGUUGAAGAAAAGUGAUUUCUGUUAAUUUAGGUUUUCUUUUCGCAUUGUUUGAUUUGUCCCACUUGUGCCUUCACGGGUUUGUUUGCUUGAGUGUGUGCAGGUAGUGCAUGAUCCGUAGCCAGUCGGGAGGUUUACUGGCCUUGAAUCCAGAGAUUGACCGCACCUGUCGCCAACUCAGGAGACAACAGCGAGUUAGACUGGCUACGGAAGAGCGCAUAGACGGCCACCUGAGUAGCGAUUCUGAGGAAGAGUACGGGAUGGACGGAGAAUACAAUCCACACCAGGGGAAUCCUCACCAGGCUCCCCCGGGGAAUCAAGUCCUGGGGGACAACCCCAUACCCCAGGAUCAUGGGGCUCAUCAUCAUCCACCGCCGCCGGGUCCCACCUUGGAGUACUACUACACUCCACGGAUUGCUGACAUCCGCCCGGUCAUCCUCUACCCGCCUAUUCCAGCAAACAACUUCGAGAUCAAGCCAUGCUGGAUUCAGCUCAUUACAUCCUCUAUCCAGUUCCAUGGCUUGAAGGAUGAGGAGGCCAGGGUACAUCUUUCCCGUUUUCUGCAGCUGACGAACGGGUUCAAGCUGAAUGGUGUCCCUGAUGAUGCAAUCCGCCUUCAGCCCUUCCCCCAUUCUCUGGCGGGGAAUGCUAAGAGGUGGGUGGAGACCCAGCCCCCAUUGUCCAUCACCUCUUGGGACGAUCUGGCUGACAAAUUCAUGCACAGGUACUAUCCGGCAUCGAAGACUACAGAGAUCCAGCGGGAGAUCACUCACUUCUGCCAAGAGCCAGAUGAGUCACUUCGUGAUGCAUGGGAGCGGUACAGGGGAUAUUUCUGGCAGUGUCCCCAUCAUGGCUUCAGUAAUGCAUUCACAGUGGGGAACUUCUACAGUGCUCUCUCUCCGGACAGCCAGAGGGUGAUUGAGUCUCUAUGCCCAGGAGGGGAUAUUCUUACUAAGACUCCACCCGAGCUGAACCAGAUGAUCAAUACCUUGGCUGCCAGAGACCAUUCUUGGGGGCAGAGCAGCAGAGGCAAACAUUCCCGGGACCGUGGUGUGCACGCCAUGGAGACCAGAUCCGGGCUCGAGCAACAAGUAGCUGAGUUGGUGCAGACAUUGAAGCAGCCCAACAGUCUUAUUCCGGGCAGAGGUUUGGCCACACCUUCAGUAGCUCAAUGUCAGUGGUGUGAGAGCUCAAAUCACUUAGUGGAAGACUGCCAGGCUAUGAGGGAGUCUACUACUCCCCAAGAGCAGUUGGACUUUAUCGCCAAUGCUCGGCGCCUCGACCUGUACAGUAAUACAUAUAAUGAGGGGUGGCGACAACAUCCCAAUUUCGCCUGGAGCAGCAACACCACUAAACCACCUGGUUUCCCAGCACCAGCUGGUGGCUUUCAGCAGAGGCAGCCCUUCCAGGCUCGACAGGGGCCAGCCCCACAGCAGCAACCCUACCAGCCUAGGCAGGGGCAACCAUUCCAGCAGCCUCAGCGCCAGUUUGCCGAGCCAGCAACAGCUUCAGCCCCAGAUGAUCGGAUGACAAAGCUAGAGAAUAUUCUAGCUUCAUUCAUGACUAGCACUCAGGCAACUAUCACGAGGUUGGACCAGAGCGUAGCCGCACUGGAGGCAGGUCAGAGGAACCAAGGUGCCAUUUUGCAAGAUCUGCAGCACCAGGUGGGUAUCUUGGCCCACCAAAACACUACCAGGGCACCGGGGACUCUGCCUGCCACCACUAUUCCGAAUCCUUGUGAUCCUCACCAGCAUCAGCAGUUGGAUGCCAUUUUUACCAUGAGCGGUAAGACCACUUCUGCUGAUCCUGUCCCGGCCAGGCAGGAGGAACCACUACCUGCUUCAGCACUUCCAGCCGACGAUGCAGCAGUGCGGGUGGAGAAGGAAGCCCCUGCUCCCAAGCCACAACCAGCGGUUAAGGAGCAUGUACCCCAGCUUCCCUUCCCCACUCGCCUACACAAAGACAAGUUGGAGACUGAGUUUGCCAAUUUUAUGGCAAUGUUGAAGCAGCUCAACAUCAACAUACCGUUUGUGGAGGCACUGUCGAAGAUGCCCAAGUACGCGAAGUUCAUGAAAGACCUCCUCACCAACAAGAAGAAACUUGGGGAUCUCUCGACAGUGUUGCUGAGCGAGGAGUGUUCGGCUAUCCUGCAGAACAAGCUGCCCGAAAAGCGCCAGGACCCAGGGAGUUUUACUAUCCCUCUUACUAUUGGCAGCAUGCAUGUAGGCAAGUCCUUGGCGGACCUAGGCGCUAGCAUAAACGUCAUGCCAUAUAAGUUGUAUAAAAAGCUAGACCUAGGUGAACUUAGUCCUACUAGGAUGAGCAUUCAGCUAGCUGAUCGUUCCAUUGUGCAUCCUAGGGGCAUCAUAGAGGAUCUGCUAGUUAAUGUAGGUGCAUUCACAUAUCAUGUUGAUUUUGUUAUUCUUGAUAUACAUGAGGAUGUGGAUGUGCCUUUGAUUCUGGGUAGACCAUUUCUUGCCACCGCCAAGGCACUUAUUGAUGUGCAUGAUGGUAAACUGAUCCUGCGUGCUGGGAAUGAACAGGCUACUUUUUCUGUGACUGAAUUUGAUCACUGUGCUAUGAUUGCUGUCACACCUGUGCAUGCCAUUUCUGAUCAGGUACACGAGCCUGUUGUGUAUCCUUCUGCACCUAUCAUUUUGCAGGACCCUCCUAUCAUUCCUUCGCCGCCACCCCAUCUAGUCUCGCCUCCGAACAAAAAGAUCAAGGAGGAGUGGCAGCCGAAGCAGCAGGUUGCUAAGCCUGCACGGAAGAAGGGUGGAGACCACUAUGAGCUGGUUCCACCCUUUGCACCACGACCACCCUGGCCAUCCGAGCAUUCACUCGUCUGCAUCUUGCCGGAUGGCCAGGUCGAGCUGACCGAUGAUGGUGGUCGCAUCCGUCGGGUGCAUGGCCACAACUUGAAGCUGUACCUCAAGAGCGACGUGGAUCCGCUCUUGGAGGCACCUGUUCCUGCACCUCCCUGAGUAUCUACCAUGGGCAUCCAGCUAAAAGACGGUAAAGAAGCGCUUGUGGGGAGGCAACCCCACCACGGUUUGACUUUCUUUCUUGUGUUUUGAGUCGGAUUGUAAACCGGUUUGGUUUUGGUUUGUUUUCUUUUGUUUUGGAUGAUGUAUUAUUGGGCUGACCAUUGGACCUAACAUAUUGUGUUUGAGCUCUUUGGUUUCCUUUAGCUAUGCUUGUCUUGACUGGUCCUCUCUCCAGUCCGCUUCACUCCGACUGGUCCGCUUCCAGUCUCCUGCAGUCCGUGCAUACCGGUAACAUCGUUCCCUUUCCCUUCCCUCUUCUCCAUUGAGGGCAAUGUCGAUCUUAAGUGUGGGGGGAUGUUUAUCUUUUGACUGCAUUAGAUCUGUUUGUGUGCUUGGAGCCUAGUCCACUGUUCAAAUUUUUAAAUUUGAGGACUCCAAGUACGUGUUUCCGUGCAAUUGCCUGCUCAGUAUGCUUUGAAUUGACAGUCUUUAUAGUAAUAUGCAACCUAGGGAGGUAGUGUAGCACUAUGGAGGAUGUUGAUGCAUUUAAGAAGUCUCAUUUCUCAUUAGGACCCUUGAAUUGUGUGGUGUUGUGGACUCUCUACAUGUCAUGGACUCUUUUUUCAUGUUUUGAGUUUAACAGGUGCUCGAAAAUGUGCUUUAAAAUAACGUCUCCCGUGCGAAUAGGGCGAAAGUGUGUAAGGGGAGACGGGAAUUCGUUCCCAAUUUCCACCUACUACCUCCAGCCCCCUUACAUGUCUUUCCCCCGCACGAGGCUCGAGACAUCCGCUCCUAGCAUGGCCGGUAAGAGCCGGGCUCCCGCAAAACCUCUGCUAGGUGGGAGCCCCCAUUUUCUGAAAAGCAGUUUGGGACCCUUGAAAAAAAAAAAACAGAAAACAAGCAAAACAGAAAGAAAAGGGGUUCAACCAUCUUCAAGAAGAAAAUAGAGCACCUUGAAUAAUGUGAGUCCAUGAUCCUUUGUUUUUGAGAAUCUCUUCAUUCACGAUUCAUUUGUCCUCUGUUCACUAUUUGCCAUGAUGCCGACUCGAUACUAGUGCUCUCGCCGAAGAAGCUAUGAGAUGACUUGUGCGUCGGUUGACCUCGUAAGCUGCUAAAUGAUCUAGGAAGUCCUCUACCUACGAUCUGGGUUGUUUGUUGCUAUAGAGGUCUGGAGAGUUGCAUUGGUUUGAGUUAGGUUUGCUUGGGGACAAGCAAACGGUUAAGUGUGGGGGAAUUUGAUAACGAUGUAAUUGCACGUAUUUGCACCCCUAGUUCUUAUCCGUUUGAGGGGCAUAGCCGUGUAUUUUUGGCCUAUUUUACGCUGGGUUGUGCUACUUUGUCAUAUUUCAGGUCCCAGGUGUCAAAGGAAAGGCUAAGUUUGAGUUUCGGGGCAUUCGGAAGUCAUUCGGUGGAGCUGGAGCCAAAACACGGGCACACCUAAAUCAGAACACGGCCGUGUUCCUAGGCCGUGCUUUUACUGCCGAGAGAUGAUUUGAGUUUGGAAAACACGAGCUGAAAACACGGGCGGGCUGGAGCAAAGCACGGCCGUGCCCUCGACCGUGCUUUGCCCAGUGAUGCCCUUUUAAGCAGAUUUCAGCCAAAAGAGAAGGGGAUUCGAGUUUUAGAGAGACAGAGCGAUUCCUAGAGAGAGAAAGCGACGAACAAGAGUUCCCAAGUGCCCUAGCUUGAUCUUCAUCACCAUUGGAGCUUGGCUUGAGCUUGUAGGAGUGCCAAUCAACGUCCAGGAGCAGG